AAACCUCAUACGAGUACACGACUCGAAUCGCGAAGUGGAGUGAAGUGAAUUGAAAUUGAAGUGUUUUUAAUUCUGAAAAGUGACUUCGAAAUGAAUUCGUUCAUGUAUGUCCUCGCUCUGUGCGUGGUGGCGGUGGUAGGAAACCCUCUCGAAGACGGAAGAUGGAAUCCCUACAAAUAUGGAAACACUGGCAAAUACAUCCCAACGGACGAGGGGAAAUACAUCCACAUACCGAACCCAUACAUUCACAUGGACAACCCCUACAUCCACGACUACGAACCAUACGUACCGGAGGCAGAUACUUACAAGCUAGUGUACACUCCCCCCGAGAACGACCUGCCUUACUACAAGGACGGAUACUACAGGAACAACGGAAUCAAAAUCCUGAACCAGAAACAUCACUACGACGAGGACAAAUACGACUUUGCUUUCGAAACCGAGAACAAGAUUCGCGCUAAGGAGAACGCCGUCCUCAAGAACCCCAACUCUAUCGACGAGGGCAUCGCCUCAUCCGGUUUCUACGAGUACAUCGGACCCGACGGCUUCAUGUACCGCGUCGACUACACCGCCGACGAAAACGGCUUCAGGCCCAAGGUGAAGAGGCUGGAAACCCCCUACUCCGGAAAGUGGGUCUACGAGAAGACUAACUAGAUCGCUAUCAGCCCCCUCAUAAAUCAGUAUUGAUAUAAGUAGACCACCUUGGAAUUAAAGGAUUUGGACAUCACGAUUCUCCAGCACGAAUGUGGCAUUUGCAUUUAGUCAUUUAAAAAUGUUCGAUGCCAUGUGGGUACCAGAAAAAGUUCCUCACGAAAAAUAACGUGUUUGCUUUAGACUAUUUUAAUUUAUUUAGGCUUAAGUUUAGAUCAUUCGGUUUAGAUAUUUAUUUAUGAAAUGUGAUAAUAAACUUUAUUUCUUAUAAUA